GGGUGCUUUGUUCUGUGUUCUAUCGUUCACCUGUGGCAGAAAAGGGCAAGUCUUGAAGUUCAAAUUGUACCAUACCAUCUGAUCGCCUUCCUGUGCGUACCACUUCCUUAAUCAGGGAAUUUCCGCCGUUCAAAUGGGUUGUUCAUCGUCUCUUCCAGAUAGGGGUUCUGCGAGUGCGAGGCUGGUGGGUCAAAAUUCGGAGAACGGUGGCGCAUCGGAUUCGAAAAAUAUUCGUGUAAAACUGGUUCUGUUAGGUGAUUCUGGAGUUGGUAAAAGUUGUAUUGUACUCAGAUUUGUUCGCGGCCAAUUCGAUCCAACGUCCAAGGUCACUGUUGGAGCUUCCUUCUUGUCACAGACAAUAGCUUUGCAAGAUUCUACGACUGUGAAGUUCGAAAUAUGGGACACUGCUGGGCAAGAGAGAUAUGCUGCAUUGGCUCCCCUUUACUACCGAGGUGCUGCAAUUGCCGUUGUUGUAUAUGAUAUAACAAGCCCAGACUCAUUCUCCAAAGCGCAGUAUUGGGUGAAGGAGCUGCAAAAACAUGGGAGCCCUGAUAUAGUUAUGGCCUUGGUUGGUAAUAAAGCCGAUCUUCAUGAGAAACGGGAAAUACCAGUUCAAGAUGGCAUGGACUACGCGGAAAAGAACGGGAUGUUCUUUAUUGAGACAUCUGCAAAGACUGCAGAUAACAUCAAUCAACUGUUUGAGGAAAUGGCGAAACGACUGCCUCGGCCAACUGCUCAAUGAUUGUAGAACCUUUGAAAGUGAAGUAGCCGAAUUUACCCAUGCUAUGGGGGAACUCAUUUACCCUCCUGUUACCUGUAAUUAUAAGUUGGUGUAUGUUUUGAAGAUGUUUC